AUGUUUUCCGCGAUAAAAAGGCUUACUAGUAAGGGUGAAAACUCCGCCAACAAUGUGCCAACAUCUCGACCCUCCAGCCAUCAGGCUAUGUCAUCAUCUUUACAGAAAAAAUUUGCAAGGGGUGUACAAUACAACAUGAAAAUAGUGAUAAAGGGUGACAGAAAUGUUGGAAAAACCUGUCUAUUCCACAGACUUCAAGGGAAAAAGUUUGUUGAAGAGUACAUUCCUACAGACGAAAUCCAAGUGACUUCUAUCCAGUGGAACUACAAAGCUACUGAUGAUAUAGUGAAAGUAGAAGUGUGGGAUGUUGUAGAUAAAGGAAAAAAGAAGAAACAUUUUGAAGGGCUGAAAUUGGAAAAUACCCAGUUGGAAGUAGAAGAGGAACAUGCAUUAGAUGCAGAAUUUUUAGAUGUCUAUAAAGGCACUAAUGGGGUGAUAAUGAUGUUAGAUUUGACCAAAAAUUGGACUUUUGAUUAUGUCCAAAGAGAGUUGCCAAAAGUUCCAGGCCACAUACCAGUGAUAAUAUUAUCAAAUCAUUGUGAUAUGUCACACCAUAGAUCAGUUACUGCAGAACAUGUAAAUUAUUAUAUAGAAUCAAUUGCUGAUACGCGCUCUGCCCAAGUACGCCACUCAGAAUCGUCGAUGCGUAACGGCUUCGGACUGAAAAUCCUCCACAAAUUUUUCAACCUACCUUUCCUCCAACUUCAAAGAGAAACCUUACUAAAACAAUUGGAAAGAAACGAAAUGGAAACGACAGUCACAAUUCAAGAAUUAGAUAUGUAUUGCAGCUCGGACGAGGCAAAUUACGGAAAGUUUUUGGAGAACUUGGUGAAAAAACGAAGGGAAGUUGCUGAUUCCAACGCGAAUAUUCCUCAGCCGCAAGUCAAACCGCCAACCAACGUUGGAGGAACUGACAUGAAGAGGUCACAAAGUGCUUCUAUAGUUAUUGGAGCAGGUAAACCAAUUCCUUAUGGCAAUACAGCACUGACAGUUCCAAAACAGCCAACGCCUCAGAUAUCCAAAAGUUCCAGCAUGAGUUCCGGUUUUGUCUCUAAAUGGGGACCGGAAAAUCGUGUUGUGGACGGCAUUCCAGAUAUAAAAGGCUUAGAAAUUAGUCCUAUAAAGUCAGUUGAAGAAUUCUGUCCGGAUAACGGACAACUGGGCGGUUUUCUAGAUGAUGUGCAGAUCAAUGCGCAGGUUGAGGCUAAAGAAGAGGGAGACUCAGGAACCGACACCGAUACGGGAAAUCCUCUAGUGUCCGAAUUGCAGGAAGAUUUCGAAGAAGAUCUAGCAUUUUCAAAACCUAUGAAGCACGUCAAGAAAGUCGAAUCUCCCUUCACGGCGCCAUCAAAACCUCUCAUCAAAUCAGACGAAAGCAAAGAGAAUGAAGUAGACAAAAGCAUUCCAGAGGAUUAUGAUAUGAAACAGACCACAGACGAGUUUGACUCCACGAUUAACUCAGAAAUAUCCGAAUUAACUUCAGACGCGUACGAUGCUUGGAUGGGGGUUGAUACUAAAUGGAGGAGAUCACCGGAAGGUGGUGAAGACAAUUCGGUAGUUAGCCAAACGUUAGAUUAUAGCAACAGUACAGUCUACGAUGAUAGUAAUAGUAUGAAUUCUUCCAAUGUUCACAUGGAACUGCUCAGUUCAAAGACCAGCUAUCCGUCAAAUCCCAGUGGACAUAGCGAUGGAGAUGAUGCAAUGUCGUCUGGAUCGUUAAGGAAAGAGAAAAAAGAAAAAGAUAAAUCGAAGACUGAAAGAAAACACAAAAAGAAAAAAGACAAGGAUAAAGAAAAGCACAAAGAUCCCGAUAAGAAAAACAAAAGGCGCUCUCGCGACGAAGCUUCCCAUUCGCACAGAGACGAACUAGAAGAAUUCCUCAACGGUACUACGAGUCCACCCCUGGAAGCCGACUACGAAGCCAUCUAG